AACAUUGGUGUACAUCCCGUGUAUACCAAUUUACAACAUUUCCAUUUUAUUACCAGAAACAAUGAAAUUGCUACGCAAUACAGUCAACUAAGUGUGACCACUUCGGAGACCAUUGUCUAACAAAUUGUCAUCCAAACCCCUCCUCGAAUGCAAUUUUAUAAAGUAUACCGCAUCGCCUGUCACCAUCUUAAUAUACCAUGAGAUUUUGAUUAUUCUUGUGUGGGUGUAGUGACAUUAAUAUGCGGCGUGCUAUAUGUGUACCAUUUCACGUAUUAUUUAUUCUAUCCGGGAUUAUUUUAGUGACCAUCUCGAAUCUCGUUGGAUGUAAUCCCAUUACGAAUUCCAAUUUCAACGAACACGUCAGGGAAUUUUCUUUGAAGGAGGAUGAAAUUAACUCCACAAAUGUUAAGACGCUACUUAAAGAUGGGAUUGGAAGAAACACUAAUUUCGGUCCUGCUCAUAAUCUCGUAAGAUUCAAGGACUCGCCGGAUAAUGAAGUAUCAAGUUCAGAUUAUAGUAGAGGGUUUCCCCACGAACAUCAAGGUUACAGAAGCCGUGAUUACGAAGAAAUUCCCUACUACGGCUAUGAGCACGAAUAUCACUUACCGUCAUAUGAUCAUUCGUUCCACCAUGGCUUGGACCAUCAUCAUGUGCAUGAACCGCAUCAUUUAGAGCACCACAGGCAUUACAAUCACGCAUUAGCAGCGAAGGCGGUGCUAUGGCCCAUAGCUGGUAUCGCUCUUUUAGGAGCUGCAGCGGCACUAGUAUCAAACCCUAUUCUACUUCAACUAGGAGUUGCUACUGGGAAACGAAGAAAACGUGAAACCGAAGAAAUAACUGGUCCAGAUUUAGUUCUACCAUGGUCAGAAGACGACACGCAAAGUAAAGCCGAAAGAAAAAACAAAUGUUACGAUUUGAUGCAACUAUUAAAUAACAAAAACAAACUUUUAUCAAAUAAGAGACGUUCUACGUUUGACGACAACACAAAAUCGAUGAGUAAUGAACAAAUUGACAAAAAUUAUAUCAAAAUACAGACAGAAAAUACAGAUGAUUAAUAAAAUAAUUAUUUAUUUUACUAACUUGAUUGUCCGGUUUACUUUUGUUAGUAGUUCUGUAAUUGUAUAUGUAUUUGUAGUUUAAUUCAAUAAAACCACUCAUUCAAUUAUUGUUAUUCUAAAAU